UUCUUGCAAAUAAUGUUGUUUCGGGCAAAGAUGCAGCAUCUUGGCUGUCUGCUUUAAAAAAAAUGCCUAGACUCUUGGUGGAAAUUGAGUGUCAAGCUGCAAAAUCUCAAAUGGCAGAUUGUCAACAUUUAAGAGCGUCCGGACACCAGAAAAGGCGAUUCCCUGCGCGCCUGGAGUUGGAAACAAUUCCUGGUUCAGAUUUAAACAUCUUUGGAGGUCUGCGCGGGGCGGCCAUUGGCGGCGGAGCAUCACGUGACCGCGGGGGCGUGCCAAUGUGCGCCCUCACGGGUGCCAAGCCCCUGUCAAGAGUGUGCGAUCAAGAUCGUGAAACAACGCAAUGCAAAAAGCGACCUACUACGACAGCUCGGCGAUCUACGGUGGCUACCCCUACCAGGCAGCCAACGGGUUCGCUUAUAAUGCCAGUCAGCAACCCUACCCGGCGUCCGCAGCUCUUGGCGCCGAUGGCGAGUAUCAUCGACCAGCCUGCUCACUCCAGUCUCCCGCCAAUGCUGGGGGCCAUCCUAAGGCACACGAGCUGAGUGAAGCGUGCCUGCGCACCCUUAGCGGCCCGCCUAGCCAGCCUCCAGGACUAGGCGAAACAUCCUUGCCCCCACCGCCGCCCCAGGCCGCACCCCCUGCCCCACAGCCACCUCAGCCCCCGCCACAGCCCCCGGCACCCACGCCUGCAGCGCCCCCGCCACCUUCUUCUGUUUCCCCACCUCAGAAUGCCAGCAGCAACCCCGCCCCCGCCAGUGCAGCCAAGAGCCCCCUGCUCAACUCGCCCACUGUGGCCAAACAAAUCUUUCCCUGGAUGAAAGAGUCGCGGCAAAACACAAAGCAGAAAACCAGCAGCUCCAGCUCAGGCGAGAGCUGCGCUGGGGAUAAAAGCCCGCCUGGGCAGGCUUCAUCCAAGCGCGCGCGCACGGCCUACACGAGCGCGCAGCUGGUGGAGCUGGAGAAGGAGUUCCACUUCAAUCGCUACCUGUGCCGGCCUCGCCGGGUGGAGAUGGCCAACCUGCUGAACCUCACAGAACGCCAGAUCAAGAUCUGGUUCCAGAAUCGUCGCAUGAAGUACAAGAAGGAUCAGAAGGGCAAGGGAAUGCUAACGUCAUCUGGGGGCCAGUCCCCAAGUCGCAGUCCGGUGCCACCCGGCGCUGGCGGCUAUCUGAACUCUAUGCAUUCGCUGGUCAACAGCGUCCCAUAUGAGCCCCAGUCGCCCCCGCCCUUCUCCAAGCCCCCCCAGGGCGCCUAUGGGCUGCCCCCUGCCUCCUACCCCGCGCCCCUGCCCAGCUGCGCGCCACCGCCACCUCCACAGAAGCGCUACACAGCGACCGGGGCGGGCUCAGGAGGCACUCCUGACUAUGAUCCACACGCUCAUGGCCUGCAGGGCAACGGUAGCUAUGGGACCCCACACUUACAGGGAAGCCCCGUCUUCGUGGGGGGCAGCUAUGUGGAGCCCAUGAGCAACUCCGGGCCUGCCCUCUUUGGCCUAACUCACCUCCCCCACGCUGCUUCAGGCGCCAUGGACUAUGCGAGUGCUGGGCCGCUGGGCAGCGGCCACCACCAUGGGCCUGGGCCUGGGGAGCCUCAUCCCACCUAUACGGACCUUACCGCCCACCAUCCUUCUCAGGGAAGAAUUCAGGAAGCGCCCAAGCUCACCCACCUGUGAUGGUGGGCUCGGGGCUGUGCGCCAGGAGAGUCUCCCCCCAUCCCACCAUUCUUUGAUUGCUUUUUUAUUUUAACGUUCUUCCAUUUUCUCUCUCUGCUGCCCCCCCACCUCCUUUCCCCGUUUUUUUCCUCCCCUUUUGGUAAUGCGUUUUUAUAGUUUAUGUGACGUAGCAAUCUUGGUUGCUGGAAUGGCUGUCAGUAUCAGUAGCGAUAUUUAUCUCUUCCUGCCCCAAGCUCGGCCACUGGCCCUACACUCUUUACCUUCUCACUCUUUGAUCAGAAACAGGGUAUAUGAACAAAUUUUCUAGUCGAGUUUUCAAUGUGAAUUUGUUCGUACAUUGUGGCUCCCGAGGGGAAGCGAUUUUUUUUAAUUUUUAGGUUUUUUUUAAAUUGCACUUCUUGUAAAGAGCGAGAAAAAAAAUCAAAGGCGCUUUGAAACAGGGGUUCCUUGUGCAAGGAUGAUUAAGUGUACGUCUUUCCGUGUGUGUAUGCUGGUGAACAGUCAGAUUUAUUUAUAUUUUUUUUGCAAGCAUUGAAUAAUCUAAGUUUUAAAUAUUAUUUAUCCCCAUCCGUUUGUAUUUAUAUUAAAGAAAUUCUGUACCCUGAUUGUUCAGAAGGGUUCUUGGGCCUUUUGUUCAAUGGUGUGUUGGCGUACCUAGAAAAUUUUUUAUUUGAAAGGGAAAUAUAAUUCCUUUAUGAAACGGUAAUGAUGCAAUAAAACCAGAGAGGAUCCAGCUUUUGAAAACAGUGGUUUAGGUUUGUAACAUCCGGCAAAAAUGAAAAAAGUCUGUAAACGCGAAAAAUACUAGAUUUGUUUUGAGAGUUCUACAUUCCUUGCUGCUCAUAUUCUGAGAAACAAAACAAAAAAUAAAGUUUUUAUUCUGAAUAAUAUCCGUGUUUAGAAGGGGUUCUUUGGCCGGAAAGGAGGAUCUGUGUGGAAUUUAGGCACAGGAAAGCGGGCGAACAGGCCGUGCGCGCCAGCCCACCGGCUCCGGCGCUGGGGCCGGCAAGGCGGCAAGCCUGGAAGCUCCGCGAAUUUUUGCGACCUCGGUUGGGACUCCUGGCGGCGACAGCUCUGGUAACGCCGUGCCGUGGGCCCGCUGGGCUGCCUGGUUCCCAGCUGCUACCAAGGCAGGCUGAGGGCGCAGGGGCUGCGGAGAGCUGUUGGCCGAAGAAACAAAGGCAGUCAAGCCCAAAGCACAGCGGGGAGCUCACAGGUGCUGGGCAGCCCCGCCGGGAAAUAAGGCAGGCCUUUCUCCUCCUCCACGCUCUUCCUAGGGUCAAAGCGGGCCAGCCAACGCCUUAACCUGAAGAACAGCCAGUCGCACAGAGGAUGCCAAGCACUUUCCGGUAACCAUCGGACUUGUGGUCAUGCUUUGCGGCCCUGUAUCGCGCCAGGAGAAAAGAACGGCUUCUAAGAUCCAUCGCAGAGCGAAGCAGUUUGCAAAGGACUGAGGCUCACCCAGGUCUCCAGCAAAAUGAAGGCUGUGAGCUCUUCCCUGUGCUGCCUGAAUCCCAACAUCAGCUUCCUCCUGAAUUUAGUAUUUGGCAGUCUCUGGAUUUAUUUCAUCUCCUUCUUCCCUCCCAGCUUUCUUUUUAUGGCCCCAGGGGGAGGGGGAGAGAGUAAGGAGAUUGGUAUCUUUCUAAUAAAAACGCAAUUUUAUAAGUUCUUC